GAACUGAUGUCCUCAAGUCUGCAAGAACAUCCUACAGAGACUGAAGGAAGUGUGGAUUGCUCCGUAAACAUCAUUCAAUACGUUUGUUUUCUAUAUUCGUAUAGCCCAAAGGAGAAGAUGUCUGCAGAGGAGGCGGAUAAAACCACCACCACUGAUGCGAGUCCAGGAGACGAGGAGGAGGAAUGGUUGUACGGGGAUGAAGGUGAAAGUAAAGAAACUGAAGAAGAGGAGGCCAAACUGACGGCAGCCAUCAGUGCGACCUCUGCUCCUUCUGUUACCGAGGAGGUCACCGCGACCACAAACAACACCACUACCACCAUCACCACCACUACUGGAAAUGGUGUGGCCAGUCAGGAGGAAGCACCUGGAGAAGAUGAAGACAGUGAGAGCGAUAGUGAUGAUGACGAUGAUGACGUCCGCGUCACCAUUGGCGAUAUAAAAACAGGAGCGCCACAGUACGCGUAAGCAUC